AUGCCUUCCAUCAUGGUACACCUGAUUACUGCCUUGACUCCUGGGCUAGAAGCAGCCCUGAAAGAGGACAUGAACUGUUGCUUGAGGAACCUGAUAGCUGCCAACAUCAAGACCUGCUAUGCUUGUAGCUCCUCCCAACUCCCAGACUUCUUUCUGGCCAUCAAUGAUAAGGAUCUACAGAAUGACAAAUCUGUCCUCUUGGACUUCCAUCAACUUGUCCCCCCUACAGAUUACAAAUCUUACUGCCCAUAUAUGAUUAUGUUCAAUUCCUGCCCUUGCAAAUUGUCCAAAGUCGAGGAUAUGCUUGCACCAGGCCUUCCACUUUACAUUUCUCUCUCAAGUACCACUUCUGGCAAGCAGUGCAAGCAGUUUGCAAAGUACUUUAUGAUCCCCCCCUCCCCCAACUUCUUGCCAUUCCCUGUGGGAGUUACUUCAGUUGUCUUCAUGUUUGCAUACAGAGACCCAGUAGAGGUUGUAACAGAUUCUGGAGAAGUUGUAGCAAGGAUUCCUAUUUGUAACAGGUCAACUGGGAUAGCAUGCACACAAAACAAUUGGACCAUCAAGACAGAUGGCUCCUGCAUGGCAUCUAUAAUCCCAGGCCACACAGCUCUGUGGGCCACAGGAUUCAUCAUCCACCAUUGGUCUUUCCUGUUAAUCCAUGCAUUGUUUUCUUUGUUUUCAUGGACAUGGGCCACACUCAUCUCAAGCAUUCAAAAUGGGACCAUCCCAGACCUUGAACAGAUAGACCAUGUCCAACCUUAUCUGCAGCAGUACAUUUGCCAUGGCACCACCCCAGGUAGAACCCUCAACUUCAAGGAUACCAAAACUUUUGUUGCUACAAUGGAUGAAUUGAUUGAGUUUCUUGAUGUGACACAAGAACCAACACAGGGACAAGUACUUCAAGUGUGGGAUCUUCAACCAGGAAAGUUCUACCAGCCUGUGUUGAUGACUCAUGAUGGGCUAUGGAGAUAUCCUAUAGAUGAUGUCAUCCAAGUGACUGGCUUCAACCUGCAUAACAGGUUACCAGUAUUUAGGUACUCCAGACAGAAGAAAAAUGGAUCUUGUCCAAAUGUGAAAUCCAUGAGACAGAAGGCAUUCACAGCCCUGGUUGCAACAAAUGACAAGCACCAAAUUGCAUUCAAUACCAAUGAAUUUGGUUUGCCCACAAUCCAGAUUGUGAAGCCUGGAACACUUACAGAUUAUUGGUGGUGGUGA